AUGUAUAGCACGAAUCGUCUCCUAGACCCGGUGACGCUAGUGUUGGGGUUUAUAAGCGCUCCACGGCUGUUGGGAGGCUGCGCUUCGAUAUGCCAGCAUCAGAACAUCGGCGAGGCGCUGGUGACACCGAAUCCUAUCCCUUUUGUCCGCUGGGGAAUGGCAAAACGGUAUGACAUGUUGGCCGAGAGCAGCAAAAAUACAAUCCUGCGUCGAAGCAGCUCCAGUCAGAAGACCUCGGCCAUCACAGCCUUCUCCAACUCGACGAUGGCUUCAUCUCGGCCCGGCGUGACUGAGUCGGCCGCCUGUCAACUAGGCAAUCAUCAAGCUAUACCCUACAGGGAUCGCGUCCGCCCAGGCAGGUUACUGAGUGGACGACUCCAGCUGCUCGCCUAG